AUGACCGAGCUUCACGUGGGCGAGUUCAACGGUCUCAUCGCGCGGCCACAAGCGCGCCUCGAAGAGCAGCUCGAGGAGAAGAAAGCUGCGGAGAAUCGCGAUGAGCGGGACGUGCUCCACGACCGGAAGAGGCUCGGCCGCCUCGGCGGAGCCUACUCAGUGGACGCGCGAGACUCCGCGACGAUGCAGCUGGCGAUGGCUGCGGGGUGGUUCGCGCGGCAAGGGCGCUACCGCGAGUCCCUGGACCACUGGGCGGACGUCCUGCAGCAAUAUGAUCACCUGCGGAAGUGCGUACUCAACCCAGACAUGAUGGGCGACGCCCUCAAGUGCAUCGCGUACCCCAACGCGACGGAGAAGGCCGUCGAGAUCGCGAAGGCGAUGAUCGUGGCGUCGCGGGGCGACGUGACGAUCGCAGGGCAGAAGGUCAACGUCAAGGGCAACCUCGAGGCGUGGCUGCGGGUGUGCACCGAGGAGAACCAGAGCCGACAUUUCCACGUGCCCGCGGCGGAAGACAUGAACCACCUCCUGAAGGAGAUCCCCGAGGGCGUGCUCAUGGACCUCGACUUCAAGUACAUUCCGGAGCCCUGCGAGGCCAACUGGGCGCCCCUCGUCGUCGUCGGGCUGCUCGAAGUGCUCCUCGCGAUGCUGCACCCGGAGGGCGUCGGCGCGGAGGAAGUCCACGGCGCCGCGGACGAGGGCGGCGUCCUGCACAGUUUGUCUGCCGUGUGGAAGCACCUCCUCCCAGAAAACCUGACGCACCCGACGUACGCGGCGUACAUUCUGCUGUCGAUGCGCGAGCUGUUCAUCGCGUGGGGCGCGAUGUCCUCGGUCGAGCUGCGCGGCACGUGGUGGCACCGGGGCGGGGUGACCAUCAUCGGGAUGCUCCUGAGCCGGCUGGCGCAGGUGUCGCCGGUGGUGAUGGAGUCAAGCAAGUACGACGAGACGCGCAAGCUCUUCAUCUCGUUGUCGGAGAAGGUCAACAUCGAGCGCGAGGACUGGGGGCAGCUGAAGAACGCGAAGUGGGCGCAGACGACGACCGGCCUGCCCACGUCGACCAACACGAACAACACCAAGAUGCGCGGCGGCGUGUCGUCGGUCACGAAGAACUCCAAGGCCGGCCAGGCCAUGUCCGGGAGCUCGUUCCGGUCCAACCAGAGCGGCAGCGACGUCAUGGACACGAAAGUCACCAAGCGCCUGCAGGCGAGACCUGGGAAAAAGGACAACCUGUCGAACUUCAACAAAGGGGCGGCGCGGCCGCAGGCGACGGACGCGGAGCCCGGGGCCGACGAGGAGGAGAAGCCGCUGGAGAGCCACAUGGGCCGCGCGACGCUCUCCGGGCACCCGCUGCCGUCGUACAUGGGCGCGAGCCCGUCGAAGCGGCGCAUCAAGGACCAGCUCAUCAGCGCCGGCGUCUCGAACCGCAUGCUGAGCCUCGAGGCCAAGCUCGAGGCUCGGCUCGCAACCGCCCAUCACAACAUGAUCAACAGCGGGACAGCGUCCACGAACGACCGGGUCGUCAAGGCCGCCGUGCAGCGCGUCGCCAAGCGCGGCUCCGCAGCGGGCGGCUUGUCGGGCCACUAG